AUGACUGAUAAGACUGUUAAGUUUGCUGAAGGUGAGACUGUUGCGGAGGCUGCUCCUGCCGUUGUUGAACCAUCGAAAUUCACUCCACAUCCUGAUGUGAGCAGAAUCCUGGGUAAUAUAUAUAUCAGUGGGGUUCAGCCUAUAGUGGACCACACACCUUUGAAAGUUCAAUAUGGAAUCACACAUAUUCUUUCAGUGAUAAGAUUCAAUGUUAUUCCCGAAUAUUUGGUGAGGAAAGGUUAUACUUUGAAAAAUAUUUCUAUCGAUGAUAUUGGUACAGAAGACAUCUUGCAACACUUCAACGAGACUAAUAACUUCAUCGACGAAUGCUUGUUCCCAAAUGAGUUAGAAUAUAAUCCAGCUGUUGUUGAUUUCAAGAAAAAACCACAAAAGGGUGGGAUCCUGGUGCAUUGCCAAGCAGGUGAAUCAAGAUCUGUGGCAUUUGUCACUGCUUAUCUAAUGUAUAGAUACGGUUUGAAAGUAGACCAAGCUGUAUACGCGAUCAGAAGGAAGAGACCAGCAGUGCAAAUAAAUGAAGGGUUUAUGGAACAAUUGAAACUUUUUGAAUCCAUGGGAUCUCCUCAGACUAUCGACUAUUUGAACGAUAAAAUAUAUAAAGUUUGGAAAUUGGAAAAUAUGUCUGUACAAGAAAAUUUCCAAAUAGAAAAAGAUUUCUAUAAAGAAGGGAACGAUGAAGAUAUGGAACUGAAACAAUUAAAUAAAGACGAUUUGUCUCAGGUCACCGUGGUUAGAUGUAAGAAAUGUAGACAUAGACUGGCGUUAUCCACUAGUUUUAUUCCUCAUAUCCCACCAAGUAAGGACUCCAGUGAAUCCCAUUUCAUUAGAAAAGCAGCUAAUUCCAAUAGAGUUAUUGAUAUUCAAGAAUCUCAAAAUACCUGUUCGCAUUAUUUCAUGGAACCUCUGAAAUGGAUGGAACCAGAAUUAUCCAAACAAGAAUUGGAAGGGAAAUUGGCGUGUCCAAAUUGUGAAAUGAAAGUCGGUGCUUACAACUGGAAAGGGUCGAGAUGUAGUUGUGGGAAAUGGGUGACACCUGCUAUCCAUUUGCAAUCCAAUAGAGUGGACCAAUUCCCAUUAAACAAAGUAGCAUUACCAAACAUAGUCAAUUUCAAAUCGAGGGAAUAG